AUGGAAAGCCUUGGCAGUAUCACCGGACUCGCCUCAUCAUCCCCACCCACGACGCCAUCAAGACGACGUGGGUCCGUACGCCACUUCAAUGGAGCCGAGAAGUCCUCGAACGAGUGGGAUGGGCUUCGCAAGGAUACCAAGCUAUGGUUUGACGAUGCGGACUGCUUGAUACAUCUUUACACUCUAGGCGGAUCGCAACGAGGGCCAAGCCUUCGUCUCUGGUUCGCUGAUAUCGAGGCUCUGCGUUGUGACUACUUGCAAGACGAAUGCCUCUUCGUGCGAGAACCUUCAAGCCCGUCGAAGGUUGGCGUUGGCGAUUCAGACAGCGCAUGUGCCGCAGCACACAUUAGCCGCUCUCGUCCGCACCGAUGCGAUCUAUACAUUCCCGCCCCUGCCAACCUCACUCGGGAUCAAGCAUUCGCAUACCACUUGACGACGAGGAACUUCUUCGCCUACGCUACGAAACAACCACUCGUUGGUGAGAAGCUUGGUGUUGCCCUUUUAGACUUGCUCCAGCGCGUACGAGAAUGGCUGCCUAGGACUGCGGCGCUCGCCAACUUCACAAGCUAUUGUGAGGACCAAGGUUACACGGAUAUGACCGAGAAUCCCGGUCACUCUCUAGCAUGCCUUCAUCUUGCCGAGAGCGCAAAAUUCAAGGAUCUGUGGGUGGAAUCGUUUGUGCAUUGUGUUGGUAUGCGCGACCGCUUGAGCAGCAGUCAUGAGUACGAAGUCCUCUCGAACACCACGAAAGCUUUGGUCACUAGAGCAUCGUUAGAGAUGGACCUGCACAUCGCCCGGGUCACACGAGCUCUCGGAUCAUUCUUGGAAGAAGAGCUUGGACUGGAGAAUCUUGGGUUAUCGAAGCCGGCUAGAGAUCACCUCGAGCGCUUCAGAAGCUUUCUGCACAACUAUUAUGUUGACAAGCUGGGAUACUUCCCACCUGACGAGGAAGGACCUUGGAACAAACGCUUAUGGACGAAGAUGUACCACGCCUUUCAGACCUUGUAUGUCUUUCUGGUCGAUAACGAGGCGGACCCAGACGCGGUCGACACUCGAUGGAUGACUGGCGGCAUCUGCGUCGUGCAGAAUGUGGAGGCCUUUGACGCCCGACAUGGUUACACACCUCUGCCACAUCCACUACCACUUUUGCCGCAAGCAAGUUGUGAACAGCCAAGAGGUCUUCGUGGCUUCAAGCUCGGGCGGUCCAGCUCAUACCAGGACAAGCACGCCAGCACCAGAGCGACUCUGGAGAAUGCAACGAACGCUGUUGUGCAAGAGGUGAUGGGGUGUGAGCUCGUGGCAGAGUACCAACGGUUUGAGCGAAAAAGACUCGAAGAGAAGAUCUCACCCGCCGAGGCUCGCAAGGUGCGCUGGCUUCUUAUCUAUGGCGUGUUGCAGAUGCUCAUCAGCAUCACACGUGCUCCAAAGGAGCUUCGGGAUACUGAGGGACCAUCUUACCCAUUAUGCGUGCUUACUGCUGGGGGACCGAGUUGGCUGACAGAGACUGCUGCGGACACAACCCGAAAUGUGAAGCUGCCUGUGGCCAACUCGACCAUGCUUCAGCCACUUACUGUGGAAGACGUCGAGGAGAAGCUCUCCAUACAUCCGGAUUGCGAGGCUGAUAAUGCUGAGGACUACUUCUCCAGCCAGGCGGUGUCACGCCAAGCAUCUGUGCAGAGCUUUGAUAUGACACCUGCACCAUUGCGGAUCACGACGCAGCUCUCUACAACAGCCUCUAUACGAUCUACUGUCCACUCUGGCGUCAAUGCUUUGCAAAGAUCAUUCAAGGGCAGCGUGUCAAGACAUAAUAGUAUCCGACCCGCUGCCCAAGCACAGCCAUUGUCCAAGACGCCUUCAUCUGGGUCCUUCUGCGAGAUCAUGAUAGAAGGCUACGGCAAUGGCGCCGACGCCGAAAGAGAGUCCGGCUUCCGGGAAAGUGUGCUGUCUGUGGCCAGCGCAUCGGAUGCGUCCGACACUGCUGCUUUUGCCGCAUUCGACUUCGGUCUUGCAAAUGUUACCGAAGAGCCAUCCCUCGAUGAAUGCCAUCUGCAUGGCCUACUGGAGGAUGAUAUGCAUGCUAAGUGUGCCGCAGAAAGUCUGGGACGAAGCAAUUCCGACAGCUCAACGGCGUCCAAGUCGAGCGCUUUCUCAACUUCCACACACUCGCUCUCUUCCGAUCUGUACGACUCUCCGGCAACUGAUUUGUCGUGUUGGGACAGCGACGACAGUAAGCGAAAUAGCGAAGUCCAUAUGUUCGACUCGCCAACGUCACUGCCAGUUAUCUAUGAGUCUCCGCCCGAGACCAGACGACAGAGCUAUCAGCAGCCCAAAUUCGCCUUUGGCACCACCAUUAGCACCCGCGCGGCCAAAAGUAGUGUUCAUGGAGGUUGUUAUACACCUUCCGGGCAGCCAAGGGCACAACAUUACACGCCAACAUCGAAGCUCUCCGAGCAAAGGCGACCAAGUUUGGAAUCGAUCAAAUCGACAGCAAGCUCAUCAUAUGCCGAAGGCGGACAGCAGGCCAGUGAGAUCGAGGAGGAGCAGAUACGGGGCAGACGUCGCUCGAGAGCAUUGGACAGGAUCUCAUCGGAAGAGAUGGACGCAGAGGGGAGGUCUCUACGCUAUGUGGAAUGA